AUGAUUGCAACCGAAACCGACAAGGACGACUGCACCGGCAUGAUGGCGUUCUGGGCCGACAUCGACGCCGAGUACGUGCUGAAGUACCAGCGAUGGCACAACUGCGAGCAUAUCCCCGAGCGGGUUUCCAUCCCUGGCUUUGUUGAAGGUCGAAGAUAUCGUGCGCUCGACGACAGGCCGCACUUCUUGAUGUUCUACGAUACACGUUCCACAUCGGUCCUUUCGUCGGAAGCAUAUAUGGCUGCUCUCAAUAAACCGACGCCGUGGACCCGCGAGGCUCUGACGCAUUUUCGCAACCCAACCCGGGACGUCUUCUCGAGGCUGUCUGUUGUUGGUUGCUCAAGGACAUUCGCCGCCCCCUACAUCACGUCGCUGCGCUUCGAUCUGCCUGACGAAGAGACAGAAGCCAUUUACGCUCGACGUUGGGUGCAAGCAGCCUCAGAGGCGGACAACGUUGAACGCGUCAGACUGUACAAGGCCGACGCUGCGAUCGGAAACAUGGGCACUUCGGAACGAAAAGUCCACGGAGGCGGUCCUGGAAAGCAGGCAUAUCUCGUCCUCAUCGAGGAAUCCUUACCACCAAGCGAAGCACAGAGUCCGAUUGAUCGCGCCGAUUCGGCCAUAGGUGGAAAUAUAAGACGGUUGAGUGAGGAAUGCAACAAAUACUGGCUGGAGAUCGCCCAUAGAAAAGAGGACAAGCAAUGA